AUGUGUGAUUUUUUCAGCCCACCUUCUCCCGUGACGCUGUAUGAGCGUCUGGGCGUGGGUUUGACGCAAUGGCAUCCGGACCGUCACAGAGGCGACGACGGCGGGGCCGCUCAGCGGCGAUUCCAAGAGAUCCAGGAGGCAUAUGAAGUGCUGAUGGAUUCGCAGCGGCGGCGCGCUUACGACAUGCAGCUGCUGCAUUUGCUGGAUGUCGAGGAGUACCUGUCCCGCUUCCACGAGCUGGUUCUCACCGUGAACGGACUGGAUAUGGAACUGCCCAGCUCUGCCCACGACCACCACAUCGCGUCUGCGGCCGCCGCCGCUGGUGCCGGCCACCACCACCACCACUAUGGCCAUGGCCAUGGCCAGCAGCCGCCGGCGGACGCCGGGCAGCAGCUGAUGGCGCACUCCGGCGGCCGGAUGCUGAAGGCGGCCUGA